UGUCGUUCCCAGACAGCGAGAGAGAAAGAGGGAGAGAGAAAGCACAAGCGGUGAACAGGACGUGUGCUUUACAAGCAAGGCAGGACCGAGGACAGCAGGCCGGAGAGCAAAGGCCAAGCCGCCAGUGUUCGGCAAGGCGACAGCACGGCUGGCAAAGUGGCAUAGGCAGAGACAGAGACAGCGACAACGACGGCGACGGUGACGGUGACGGCGACAGCAUGGCAACUGCGUCGAUGCUGGUAGGCGGGGCGUCUGCGCCGCAGCAUGGAACCAUUGACGUCUCCCUGCUGCUGCCGUACCUGGCCGCUGUCCUCGGGGUGGAGGCGUGGCAGGCGGCGGCGGCGGCGGGCAAGGCGACGACCGGCGCCGACACUGGCAGCGAGACCGGGGCCGGAGAAGACGGUAGCGAUGUUGGUGAGGCGCGGGCGGUGGCGGUGGCAAUGGCUGCGAGUGCGACAGCCGGUGGCGCCGACGAGUGCAGCAGUGAGGCGGCCCGGGGCGCCGGCGGCGGGCCGGAACGGGUGUACCUGGUUCCGGUGCCGACGGUGCCGGGCGACGGUCUGGCGGUGCACCGCAAGUGGCAGCUGGAUCUGGAGGGCGAGCUGUCGGCGUUUACGGCAAUGCCGCGGGUGGCGUACCUUGUGGAGCGUGAGUGGCUGCUGUGGCAGCUGGAGCGGACCAAGGAGAAGCGGCGGCGGCUGCUGCGGCAGCGGGCGUCGCGCGAGGUGCAGACGGCGCGGCAGGCGGAGCGGCGGGCGCAGGUUCUUGCGCGUGGGUCACGGGUGCCGGCGCCGAGCCUAGUCACGGUGGCGUCGCUGUCGGUGGCGCGGUCGCGGGAGCGGCGGCUGCAGAUGCUGCGGCUGGAUCGGCAGACCCCGCGCGGAGCGGCGAGCCGGCGGGCGCGGGCAAUCGGCGAGUCUAGCUCGGCGCAAGCUGCACAAGAGCAGCGGAUUCGCAUCCUGCAAUCGCAGAUCCGGCAAGUCGAGGCGCAGGCUGCGAUGCGACAGGUGCAGUCGAAGCUGCUGGAGAUCAAGAUCCGGCAGGUAGAGCUGAUGGUUCUUGUGCGGCAGGCGCAGCAGGUGGCAACACUCCGCGGACGCGAAGGCGAGCUCAUCUCACGCAAAACUGCCCUCGAGGCCAAAAUCGCGUUGCUGCAAGAGCACAUCGCCGAGCAGCAGGCGGCAGCGAGCGCACUGGCGGCGGCGGGCGCAGGCGCCGGUGGCGAGGCAUUUACUUCGGCGGCGGAUGAGCACUCGCCGACCAGUGACGCGACACCGCUGCCAGCGGCUGGGGCACGGCGCGACCGGACGCCGCCGUCAAUUGCCGCGGCGGCCGCAGCCGCGGCUGCAUCGCCGCGGUCAGAGCGCGAUUCGCCGCCGGUGUCGCCGCGGCGCGAGACACCGCCGGCAUCGCCGCGGCGCGAUUAACGCGUUGUACCCUUGCAAUGAAUCACAAUCAUGUCU